AUGUCUAAUGCGAGUGGAACAGACGACCCAGAUCAUACAAAUCCGGGCACUAAUGAGGUGUACAACGACACUGAUAAAUUAGUUUCUUCGCUAGUAUACCUAAAGGAGGAAGCAAAGACGCCGGAGUCUCGUUUCAUUUUCGGCCGUGAAAGCCGCGAGCAUCAACAGGAAUUUGAUCGACUGGUUGAUGAGUGUGUGGACGACGUCUGCGGUACUGGCACGUAUCUCGAGGCAUACAGCUCGUGCACAGAGAAGCUCAUUACCGAUGCGGAUGGCGAGUCAAAACUGCAAGCAUUCCAAGUGCGAAUACGCAACCAUGCGAACAGUUUCAGGAUGUUCCCAAAGUGCCUAAAGAUGGCCGCCAUACCAAGCAUGAAGAGACAAUUGGAUAUGUUUAUUGCGGAUAUUAUCUAUUGCCAAAAAUCCCACAACGUGCUUGCGAAGGUCGUGAACUGGGAAGCACUUGAAAGAGAACUUGACGACUGUAACCUCCAACUCGACACCGCUUAUGGCCGUGGCCGUAUCAGGGACCGUGAGGAACCGCAGUCAGCCGUGACCGUCGUGGAAUACCACUCUCCCUCACCGAAAUCACCUCCGCCGCCAAAGAUGAUCUACAAACCCCCGACAGUUGAAGAUUGCGACGACGAGGAAGAUGAAGCACUGGUGGCAGCUGCGGAGAACAAGACCGAUGCCUUGCUCGAAGAAAUAUUAUUCUUAUCCUCUGAGGACGAGCCCGAUGCGACACCACCGGAGACUGGACCCCCCGUCGUCUUUUCCAGCAAUAUUCCGUCCAUGCGCUGUAGCCGUACGCGCUCGCUGUGUAUAUCAAUCGCUCACUCACUCAAUCAAUCGUGCCACGCCUCUGCACCCGCAUCCGCAUCCGCAUCCGUCUCGCGCGCAGCAUCCAUCGUCUCGUGA